CUUUGAUGAUGAUGCAAGAGGCAAUGGUCUAAGGCUCGACUCAAUCGUACGUCGAUUCUGGGACCGGAGUUCUCAAUGCGCCCUGUAAUAACGGCCUGGAUUUCAACCACGCAUACUUAGCUCAAAGGCUGCUUUUUUGGACCGAGAAACGACAACUUCGUUAUCUACCGAAGCUCUGCUGCCACAAACGUUUGAACCACAAAAAAGUACAGCAAUCAAGGCGAUCAGAUUAGCUACACGACCAGAAUCAACUGCGCCCACAUGUACACGGCAACCUGAGCACACCGCGCAUCUCCCUCUGGCCGAAGCGAGCCACUUCCCUCUCCCUCCGAUAAAACAGAAAGAGAAAAAAAAAAAAACCCCCAUGUUCCGAAGACUUAGACGCAUGCCGCGGCGGCUACACCCGCUCGUCGUCGCGGCCAUGUGGCUCUCCAUCCCGCUCGCGCUCGAGAGCCUCUACCACCAGCGCAGCUACAACGUGCCGACGCCGGAGCGCGAGAUGGACUCUGCCUUUUUCGGCAGCGAGGGCUGCCUGGACCCCGAGGAGAUGGCCAAGGGUCCGCGCGAGAAGGCGGCGCUCGUCAUGCUGGCGCGCAACUCGGAGCUGGAGCAGGCCAAACACACGGUCGAGUCGGUCGAGCGUCGCUUCAACCGCUGGUUCCACUACCCAGUCGUGUUUUUCAACAACGAGGAGUGGGAUCCAGAGUUUGUGCGCCAGCUCAACGCUACGGUCAGCGGCGAGGCGAGGUUUGAGGUGAUUCCCAGGGAGGAGUGGUAUUUUCCGAGCUGGAUGGAUGCCGAUAAGGCCAAGGCUAGCAUUAAAGACCAGGGUGAUAGGGGAGUCUCGCAUGGCGGGUUGGAGGGUUAUCAUCACAUGUGCCGUUUUUACUCUGGCAAGUUUUACAACCUCGAGGCGCUCAAAGAGUUCAAGUGGUAUUGGAGGUUAGAGCCCGACGUCGACUUCACCUGCUCGAUAACCUACGACCCCUUUGUCGAGAUGGCCAAGCGCAACAAAAAGUACGGCUUCACGAUAUCGCUGUGGGAGGAGCGCGACACGUGCCCGACGCUGUUCCGCCACAUGGCGGACUGGAAGGAGGCCAACGACGUCCCGACCAACAAUCUCUGGAAGGCCGCCGUCUCGGCCUCGUGGGUGCCCUGGCCGUUCCGGAACCUCGUCGCGUGGCUGUCGCACAGGGACAGGUUCGGCGACAUGUGGAGCGGCUGCCACUACUGGAGCAACUUUGAGAUUGCAGACAUGGACUUUUUCAGAGGCAAGAAGUAUCAGGACAUGUUUGAAUACCUGGACAAGAAGGGCGGUUUCUACUUUGAGCGGUGGGGCGAUGCUGCGGUACACUCGAUAGCUGUCGCCAUGCUCCUGGACCCGUCUCAGGUCCAUCACUUUGACGACAUAGGCUACCGACACGACCAGCUGUACCAGUGCCCCGUCAACUCUCUCGGCAGCCAGCUGCCCGACAACCCCAGCUUGGGGACGGACAAGAACUGGGCUCCUCCAGCGGAAGGGGGUGUCGGGUGCCGCUGCGAGUGCGACGGCAGGACGACGCCGCGCAACCACCCGGGCUACUGUCUAAACAAGCUCAAGGCGCCCAACACCAGGAGCCGGCCCUGGUUUACGUGGUUCUUAUAAAUGCUCUUUUUUGACAUGACAUGAUUUUAAUGGGGAAAUUUACAUAUAUAUACACCAUAUACAUGGACUGUUUUUUUGACGUUGUCUCAUUUUGACAGGAUUGUGUUAUGUCUUCUUUUUUCUUCCUUUCUGUAUAUAAGUCGAACGAUGACAUGUACGUUCUGUUGGGAUUCAUGGUAUCAUUAGGGGCAGACAGGACAUGUCUACAUAUAUUCUAUAAUAUACCCGCGAAAUGUAGAAAACACUGCUCUUGUACAAAGCACCCACCGUGUCAGUAACGGUGCAAAACACAACGGUCUUGAGAAAAUGCAGACGCCAGCCAGCAGAAUGAGUUCAAACCGCCUUUCAAGACAAGAGCUUUCGGUUCAACCUAGGCAGCCGAGUCGAAUGCAGCCCGAGGGACGACGGCUAGUCGCUCUCGUCAUCAUCCGACUUGCCCUGGUAGUUGCCGAGUAAUAUAUCAUCCACCCCGAGGCCCAGGUGGUUCGAGUUCCUGAUGUGCUCCGUCUCGACGCGGAAAAAGAUCCACACCCAGCGGCGCAACACCUCGAGUAGCUGCAGCACAAAGAGCGACCCUUCCCAGCCCGAAAGCCUGUCCAGUCCGGGACUGAGCUUGAGCACCCACGUGCACCGCAGCGCCAGGUCCAGCACCACGACGAAGUAGUAGAUGAACGGGGCGGGUUGGAUGUGCAGCCGUCGCCGCAGGCCCCAUGGCUGAUCGGGCGCGUUGCGCUCCCGCGCCGACGAGAACAGCGUCAGGUCCCAAUCCUUGGUCACGUCCCAGUAGAAGGUGUAGAGCGACUGCACGACCACGGCGGCCAGCCAGGCGCGGUUGACGCCGGCGUUGACCGUGCUCUCCUUCUCUCCCCCGUCGCUCCCGCCGCUGCGCUGCAUGGCCGUCAGGAUUAUCACGGGGAAAGCGGUGCUGUACUUGACGGCGUUGGCGAGGUGUUGGCCACCCCAGCCGACCGACUCCUUGUAGGGGGCGGAGCGGACGCGCGAGUACUCGAUCAGGCACUGGCGCAGGCGGAUGGCUGAUGGCAGGGCGAGGAUGAGGGGCACGACGACGGCGCCGCCGCAGCCGCGGUCCGGGCGGGCGGUGGCUGACCCCCCAGAGGUCAGGAACAUGCACGCGCAGAUGUAGAGGUCGGCCAGGACCUUGGCGUAGCUGGUCAGCACGUCGGCGAGCAGAAUGUCGCCAAACUUGCCGUUGUGGGCCUCGGCGAUGCCGCCCAGCGAC